AUGAAGCGUCUCAGCACGCCGCUGGAUAAGAAACAGGAGUUACUGAACGUUAAGGCUGAUGUGUAUUUUUUCAAGCAGAACGUUGAAUCACUAUUUCUGAAUCAUCAGCGGAAUGCCGACUUCGGAUCUGAAAUAUUUUUAAGGACACUGGGUGGAUAUAAUCAUGGCGAAGCAACUAUCAUUGUAUCGAGUGGCUUUAGCAUAACGAUAUCAAGCGGUGCGUUAACCGCUGCUUUACCGGCAAUCGCUGGCUUUGGAGCAACUGGCAUCGCAUCCGAAUCCCUAGCCGCAUCGUGGCAAUAUUCCAUCGGAUUGGUCGCAGCCGGUUCGCUCUUUGCCACUUUACAGUCAUUGGGUGCCACGGGACUAGCAACGCUGCUGUUUGGUGCUGUUGGGACAGUGGCCUCGGGCACAGGAGCAUUGUUCUUGCUGUGUACCAUUGCCUCGAGGCUAAAUUGGUUCAAAUGUAAGAAUUUGGUUGACGCCGUUGUCGAAGAAGAUGAAAAAGAAAUAAUCUAA